AUGGAAGAGAGCGGCUGGCAGCAAGUGCGUACCUACUCUGACCAUCUGGGUCAUCGCGUGGUGCUUGAGCAGUACGUCGUGCCAGACCCAGUACCCGACCACCUGGUUCCUAUCCAGGUUUAUAGUCUUGUCCCUCUGGAUGACGACCACGGGCAGCUACGGGAAUACCUGAUGCAAAAUUUCUGGAGUGAUGAGGUUGUGCCUAUGUUUGAGAUUUAUUCAUACCGCCCGCCCGACGCCUUCGCCUGUAUUGAGCAUAAUCGCCUCGAAAUCGCUCGCCGUAAGCAGCAAAACCGGUCAGGGAUCGAAAAUGCGCCCCCGCUGAUUCCGCAAUUUGCCGGUCGUCCCGACAAGUCGAUUCCUAUAGGGUUUUGUGUCCUAAUACGGUCGCACAGCUAUCGACUGGGCGAAACCGACGAGGAAGAGCUUGCUAAGGCGGGCGAAGGCCCGGAUAUGCUCUACUUCAACCGCUCGUUUUCCAGCACGCACGCACAAUGUUCACCCAAGUACGGUAGUUCCUUACCGGAAGCAUUUGAGUUGGCCACAGAGCGCGUUGAGAAUCAGAAUGACGUCGGGGAUGUUGUCGUACUCGAUAUGUUUAAAAACGUCGGUCGUGCCGGGACGCGAGACGCCUUAGACGUAGACGAGGGUGAGCCUCCUAGCUCGGAUAUGCCAUUAGAAGAGCAAAUCCGCGACCAACUUGCCCAGGAAGCUGCAGCUUCCGGCUUCUCUCUUAAUCCGGCAUACCAGGUUAUUCAGGAUGCCGAUAUUAUAACAGUCAGCAAUACUCCUAAGGGAAACAUCUCUGAUAUUCAAUAUAUUGUCCAUACGCUAUUUCCCAGCUCUAUCCGUGAUACAGCAGGGUCCUCCCUUUUGGAAAGCACAGCGCGCCUCUUCACAGCAUCAAUUGCCUCUCACCUCCCAGCCAAUAAAACCCUCACUCUUAAGUUCUUUAUCCCAAAGUCCCCUACUUGGGCGGCCAUCCGCCCCGCUCAAACUGAAGUUAUUGAAAUUCUAUCCUCUCAAUCAACCCAAGAGAACCGAGAAGAUCCCUUCCCUAUUGGCGCCCUACACACCUUCUAUGCGGGCGACGAACAAUCCCCUACAACACACCGCAUGACGCCUCAACUCAGUGACGCGUAUUUUGCCCCGACAGAAAAACCGCCCCGUAUCCCAUAUCGCUUAUUCACAGUUGUGCUCGACCGCGCUAAGUUUGUCUCUGAGGCCGGAGCUUUUUUCUACAAGGCGUACUGGGAUUCGACCGGAAAUAUAGACCCUUACGCAGAGGAUGCUCCCAAUGAUACGCAGAUUUCGCGUGGCGUGGACUUAGGUACGACUGCCAGACGGUUGGGGUUGGUGGUUCCUGAUAGGUAA